AUGUUUUUCAACUUCAAGUUUCAAUUACUGUUGUUGACCUUCCUCGGACUCAAUACCAUAUACGCUGCCCCUCUACCCGAAGACACCCAUGCACAAAUUACUAAGAGGGGCGCCAGUUUGAAUGAGUUCUUAAAUAUUCUCAUUGGCCACCUACCUGUGAUCAGCGAGUCUCUCACCAAGGGGACAGCUAUCAUCACCGAUUUCAGCAAAUUACUCGGCAUUUUAACCGGCGCGCAAGAAACCUAUAAUGAAGCUGGUGGGGCGUGUAAAGAAUGGACCGUGGUGUUUGCGCGCGGUACAGCUGAGCCGGGAAAUGUUGGGGUUCUCGUCGGGCCACCCUUAUUCGAUGCCCUUCUAGACACAUUCGGUGAUUCUGCACUCACUAUUCAGGGUGUCAACAACUACGUGGCAUCUGUCCAAGGAUAUUUGUCUGGUGGAGAUGCGGCUGGAAGCACAGAAAUGGCGCGACAAAUCGAGGCGGUGAAAUCGCAAUGCCCCAAGACCAAGCUCAUUGCCUCUGGAUAUUCUCAGGGUUGUCAAAUUGUGCACAAUGCCGUUUCGAAGCUCCAGGCCACAACCGCAAGCUGGAUUAGCAGCGUAUUAUUGUUUGGAGAUCCCAAAAAUACCCAGCCUCUGUCGAAUGUUCCUGCAUCCAAGGUAUACACAGCAUGUCAUGCCGGGGAUGAUAUCUGCAAAAAUGGUAUCUUGAUUGGCCCUGCCCAUUUGACUUAUGCCUUGAAUGUCGAGGACGCUGCCAAUUUUGCUAAAAAUGCAGCAUGA